AUGUCAGACGAAGCUGUUAAUCAGUUAAUGGCAAUCACGGAUGCGCAAAGUGCCGAGUUGGCGCAACAGUUCCUCGAUAUGGCCGGGGGAGACCUGGAAACGGCCAUAUCUCUUUUCUUUGAGCAUGGUGGGAAUGCACAGAUUAACAAUGGUAGGGUCACGAGUACAGAUGCCGAACUCGCUGGGUCGUUGCAGAACGAGCUUUACAGCGGUCGUGGAGACGACUAUAGGACACCCGAUGAGGCCCGGCACGAAACGUUGGUGGACACCCACGUUCUCCCAACGACUUUUGGUGGCGUGGGAGGCAGCUUUGGUCCCUUGAGGGGUGUGCGUAGCAUGUACGAUUCGUCACGGCCAGAGGGCGUUUUCAACCAGCACAUGCAGGAACGAGAGGAUUCUGAGUUUUCCGAAGAAGAACAGUACCAGCAAGAAUACGAAUACGUUGAAGAAACCGUUGUGGAGCUAGACGAAGACGGUCAAGUACGUGAGGUCACUGAGCUCGUGAGAAGACCCAAGCCUCUCACAAAGGAACAGAAACUCGCCAUCUUGUUCCGUCCGCCAUUCAAUCUCAUGGCCAAAGUGGAUUUGGACGGCGCCAAGGAACGUGCGCGGGUUCAAAAGAAAUGGAUCAUGAUAAAUAUUCAGGCGGUCGACAUAUUCCAAUGUCAGGCGCUCAAUCGAGACCUAUGGUCUGACAAAGAAGUGGCAAAAAUCAUCAAACAAAAUUUUCUGUUUUUACAAUACCAAUACGACUCGUCAAGUGCCACUUCGUAUGUGCAAUUCUACGGAUUGCAUAAUAGAGACAAUUUACCUCAUAUAGCGAUUCUGGAUCCUAUGACUGGUGAGAGACUCGUACAAUGGAAUCGCGAAGUACCUGAAGUAGACGCCUUCAUCGCCCGUGUGCAAAGUUUCUUGAGCGACUUUUCGCUUGACGCUCCAUCUCACAACCCAUUAGUCAGACACCCAACGCCGCAGCCAGACCCGACAACCUUGUCCGAGGAGCAACAGAUGGAAAUAGCCAUUAAGCAGUCUCUUGGCGCGAGUGACAGCAAUGAAGAGUGCAGGCCAAACGACAAGCGCGACGAUGACUCGCUCACAAGUCACAAUGAUACUCAAGUAGCCCAUUCGGACUCCAUAGAUGAAGACUUGGACCUAUUUCUCCGCAUAAAGCCCGUCUCUCAUCCAGAACCCGCUAACGAGCCGGGCAAAACCACCCGCAUUCAAAUUCGUACUGGAGACGGCCGCAGGCUUGUACGUCGCUUUCUGCCCACCCACGAUACUGUUCAAACCAUCUACGAAGUGGUGAAAUCCGAAUUGGACGGUUUUGAAACUGACGUUUUCACGAUAAGCGACCACAAUCGGGAAAAUCUAAUUGCCAAGCUGAGUCAAACCAUUGAGGAAGCCGGUCUCAAGAACAGCUCGUUACUCUUGGAGAAAGUACAGGAAUAA